UAGGAAAGAAAAAACCUUUAACCGCGAUUAGAACAACAAAACUGAGAUAAUAAGUUAUCUUUCUUUUCUUUUUUUUUUUAUUUGUUUUUUCUUCUCACUCUUGGCUGUGCGCUCUAGUUCUGCGGACUUUUCCUGCUGUGAUGGACCGGGGCCAGGGACCUAAACGCUGGGCUUGAGGAGCUGCCAAGGGCACAGGGAGAGGUCUGAACCUGAAGGUCGUGGGGUGAAAUAGGGCCGAGACUGCCUCAUGUGUUGGGAUUCCUUUGUGUUCUGGUCCCCACCGACACCCAUCUUCCCAGCAUCGGUGGGAUGUCCCAGGUGUGUCUCCUCUUGGCCCUACUUACGCUCUCCAGCUGCACUGAGGAGUCCUUUGCUAACUCUCUGGAGCUUGUGAAAGAGAAGUGGAGCAGCUACAAGAACCAGUGUUUGGACAUUAUCAAUUCCACGCCCCCUGCCACAGGGUUGGUGUGUAAUAGAAGCUUUGAUUUUUAUGCUUGCUGGCCUGAUGGAUUUCCUGGUACCACUGUCAAUGUCUCAUGCCCAUGGUUCCUGCCAUGGUAUCGUAAAGUUCAGCGGGGUCUGGUCUACAGGAUCUGCCAUGAAGACGGUAAAUGGGGACAAAAGAACACCACAGAAUGUGAGGACGAUUCUGGUGAGAAUCAGUAUGGUCGCAUUCUCAGCAAGCUGCGUAUCGUGUACACAGUGGGCUAUUCACUUUCACUUGGAGCCCUGCUCCUGGCCCUGGGGAUCCUCAUCAGCUUCAGUGCUACUGUGCUCAAACAUUAUCAACUGUUAAUUGGCCAAAAGGUCCUUCAGUGGCAGCGUGGCAACCUCCAUCUCUUAGAUCCACAGCGAUCUAAAGGUCAGAACAUUGGUAAUGCACAACUCACUGCACAGUACGUGAUCCAGGCUGUGAUGUGGUGCAGAGGUGCCGUGGUGAUGAUGCAGUACAGCGUAAUGGCCAACAACUACUGGCUGCUGGUGGAAGGCAUCUACCUGCACAGCCUGCUUGUCAUCACUGUUUUCAGCGAAAAGAAAUACUUCUACAUUUACUUGGCCAUCGGCUGGGGUGCACCUCUCAUAUUUGUGUUGCCAUGGAUCACAGUGAAAUAUCUCUAUGAGAACGAGGAGUGCUGGGAGAGGAAUAUUAACAUGGGAUAUUGGUGGAUUAUCCGUUCUCCCAUAUUGUUUGCUUAUCUGAUUAACUUCUUUAUCUUCAUCCGAAUAAUUAAAAUCCUGAUGUCUAAACUUAGAGCACACCAAAUGCGAUACACUGACUACAAAUUCAGGCUGGCAAAAUCCACACUGACUCUCAUCCCACUGCUUGGCAUUCACGCUAUCCUCUUCACCUUCGUCAUUGAUGAGUCUGUCCCAAAAGGCUCCAUGCUUCGCCUUAUUCGCCUCUUCUGUGACCUUCUGUUUAACUCCUUCCAGGGCCUGCUGGUUGCCAUCUUAUAUUGCUUUGUCAACAAAGAGGUGCAGUCAGAGAUGGUGAAAAAGUGGAAAAGGUGGAAACAGGGAAAGGAUAUUUAUGAGGAAUACCGCCACACCCACAGCCAGACACCGCACGUGAAGAGUGGCAGUAUAGUUACUGCAAACCUACCGGACCUGCAGGAAAACAGUGUCAGCAACCCAAGCACUGACUCACCGCAGCUCAACCAGGCUAGCCGCCACCCACCCUGUUCAGCUGCACCUGAGGAGAACCGCAGACUAGUUGUCUCCUACAGCAACGGAAUGGGCAAAGGCAGAUCUUCUAAGAGUCGACAAGCUCGACAGUUCACCUUUACACCUCAAAGAGGUGGCACCAGGAGGUGCAGCGCAACUGAAGACAUCAGUUUGGGGGAUCGGGUGCAGUUCAGCGUAUGUCGGCAGGACGGAGAUGAAACUAGCGUCUAAAGACAGCAUACCACAUUUUUUUCUUAUCACUAAAACUCUCACUAUUCUAAAGAUCAGAACCAAUAUGGUCUAAGUGAGAGACAUAUGCAAAAACACCCAUAUAGAUAAUCAUGUUUACUGCUAAAAUGAGAAAAAGGAGACCAUUAUAAUAUUUCCAUGCUUGAUGUAAUAUAUAUAGUUGUUGGAGUGCAGGAAUUAUUUUUUAGCAAUUAAAAUUCAAUGUGACUGGCCAGCAUUUCCUCUAAAUACAUACCUUGUGGAGGACACGCCGUCCAUCAUUUAACCUGCUGCUGCUGCUGUCACUGUAAGGAUUUAUUGUGUGAAGUUGCCACUGAUCACCCAUCCCUAUGGUACUCAGUGGCUUUAUGAAUAUAUAUUGCAGCAAGAACAACUGUAUAUUUCGUUCUCAGGAUUUAUGAGAACAAGAGGACUUAGGCAUUGCAAUUUAUGUUAAGAGUUAAAUAUUGUCACUAUAUGGGAGCCUCACUGAAGACGGGUGCUUUCAUUUUCCAAAAGACUUUGUGAUUGUAAAAAAGUAACAAAGCUUUGAAAUAAUCGAUGCCAAAAAAAAAAAGUAUAUAAAUGUAAUAUACAUUUUGCAUCAGUUAGGUUUGGCAUUAAGUGAACUUUUCGAACCUUGUUUAUGUUUUUGGACUAAUGAAAACCUUUAUUAAUUUUUUAAACAUUUUUGACUUAAUACAAACUGAGAAAAACUAGUGAAUCUAAAGUAUAAUGUCGCUGCUUAUCUGUGAUUUGCUGUUUAUGCAGUACAUGUGGUACUACAUUCAUAUAUGUAGUACUAUAUAUUGCAUGCAUGAUUUUGUGCCCAAUCAGUGAUAUUCAGAUGAAAGUUCACUCUCACCACUAAAAAACACUCCUUAAAGAUGAUGUAUUUAGUGUAUCUUUAAAAGUGAAUGUAACUCUCAAGUGCUAUAAUUGCACAGAUUUUGUUUUCAUAUGGCAGUAAGUAUGGAGGUAGAUUGGUCUGAAUUUUCAUAAAUACGCAUAUGUGAUUCAUACAUGCUCAAGACAAGAUGCACACAUGCACAGAAUAUUUUAGACAAGCACAAAAAAGUCCACCCACAAAAAGGACAAUAUCCACAGACGCACAGCACGAUUGACACAAGCACACAAGAUCCACACAGCCAAAGAUUCACCAAAGUAUUUCUGGUCCAUAAAGAUUUAUUAAUUAAAUAACAAAGUUCCAGUGGUCUUUAAACUUCACUGUUAGGGAGUCUCAAAAAUCUACACACAAAUGCAGUGAGGUUUAAAAACUAAUUAUUGUUUAUGGACCAGAAAUACGUGAAUCUUGUUCCGUGCAUGUGUGGAUCUUUUGUGCUUGCAUGAAUCUUCUGUGCGUCUGUGAAUCUUGUCCUUUUGUGUGUGUAAAUUUUUUUGUGCUUGUGUGAAUCGUUCUGUGCAUAUGUGGAUCUUGUCCUGUGCAUGUAUUAAUCACAUAUUUGUAUUUGUGAAAAUUGAGACCGAUCUACAUAGUAUGCACCACUAAGUAAAAAAAUUUGAAGAAAAGAUUUUCUUGUGAAAGUUUUGCAUCCAGAUACAUGGUAAAUGGUCUGUACAUUGUGAUGUAAAGAACAGUAACCCAUUUCUAUUUGCUUAUUUUAUUGUGUGCAAUGAGGAGGGAUCAUAUUAAAUGACAGAAACAGGAUGUUCUUAAACAUAAAAUUAUUCCUCUAAUGCUGUACUAUAAGCAAUGAGCUAGUAAGGAUUUUAAAAAAGACAGAAAAAGUUAGUGUUACAUACCAAGUGUUUGUUUUUGGCGUGUAUAUCAUAAAUAUUGAAAACCGUUGAGCUAUAUGAUGGUAAUGUCAGGUGGGUGAAAGUGGCAAAUUAGAAUAUUGAGUGGAUAUGACUAAAAACUGAAACGGUGAUAUUUUUUCUAUACCUUUAAAGGAAAAGUUCGGUCACAUUCAGAAUGCAAACUUCUGAAAGUACUUUAAGUAUGACAUUUUUACAUGAAUUUAAAUAAAUGAUUAGUGUUUU